GUCUGACAAGAGAAAACAAGCAGAUCCCAACCAUUUGUCAUCAUGAGGUUUCUUGGUCUAAUCUGUACAUUUGCUGCAUCAAUAACCAUAGGUAACUGUCUACUCUGCACAGAGUGCUAUAAUAAGACAACUCCCAACUGUGAUGGCUCCAUUGCUACAUGUGCAUCCUGUCUGACAAUGAUCACAGAAGAAGGCCAUGGAAAUGACUAUGUAUCUAUGAUAGAGAAAUCCUGCAGUCUGUACCCUGAAGUGUGUAACAUCUCCUACAGUGUGACCGCUGACAACUUCCAUCUGGGCUUCGUAUCGUCGUGCUGUGACACAGACCUCUGUAAUCGUGAUAAUAUCACAGCUCCUCCCAAAAAUACCACGGAGAAUGGAGUGGUGUGUCCAUCGUGUGUUUUGCAAAAUGGAACAGAAUGUGUUAACAUUCAGACCAUGAGAUGCGUAGGAAACGAGAAUAGAUGCAUUAGCUUUUCGGGAAAACUGUUUGAUCAAGGUUCCUGCAAGAACUACACCCUUCAAGGAUGUGUCACUGAGAAUGUGUGCAAAGCUAAGGACAUUCCCUUGUAUCCGAAAACACAACUUUGUGAAUUUCAAAAUCUUGAGUGUUCUGAAGGAAGCAGCGACCCUUCUAACCAGGAUUAUGAAAAAUAAUAGGACAACACAUGAUUGCUCAUGAAUGCGUACCUCCCAAAAGUUCCAGAUUCAGCAGGACCAUCUCAAUUUUGUGCUCCUAUCUCAAAGUCCUAGUUUGGUUCCCUGGUGUCCCACAUCUGAGGACACCAAGGAACUGCCACCAAUCCAAGUAAUGUAAGCGCAUUAUUGGACUUGUGCACGGUAUGCCAAUUAGAUGCAUGGCCCAGGACCAUGCCCAGAGUGCUUCAAAAGCAGUUUCCUGUGCCUAAAAUCUGAAGGCUCACGUGCCCAUUUUUGUGGGUGGUUUGAACUUUUGGGCAGAUGUGUCGAAAUGGGUAUCAUCAGUGAUGCAGGUCACAUGACUGCCCAGUCUCACUUUGUCCUGAUUUCCUACUACCUAGUGUUCGUAUGAGGUACAUGAAUGUUCAUAUUACAGUGUAUUGAAUCCCUAAUUCUCAAAAUCGCUAAACUUGUGAUCCAUGAGGUGUAUUGGUAACUUAUCCUGUCAUUAA